AUGUCUGCUGUAAGAGCCGUAUUAAAAGGUGCAUUUAGAACCACUCUAAGAAGUAGUGUUGUUUUAAGAAGAACAAGAAGUUUUGCCAUUGCCUCAUCUGCAACUAGGCCAAACAUGAGUGGAGUUUCAGUCAAUGUCAAGAGUAGUGUCGACAAGACCGCAAGAAAGUACUCCUCCAUGGAGGGGGCAGCGCCAGUGAUUGACUUUUCCAAGAUGAAGGAGAUUGCCGAGAGUAAGGACGACAAGUAUGUCAUUGUUGAUGUUAGAGAGCCGGACGAAUAUUCCGCAGGCCACAUUCCCGGUGCCAUCAAUAUCCCCGUCAAGUCGAGUCCUGGUGCGCUAGGUCUCGAUGCAGAGGAGUUUAAGGAUACCUUUGGCUUUGAGAAGCCAGACACUAACAAGACACUAGUAUUCUAUUGUUUGGCUGGAGUUAGAGCAGGAAUGGGUGAAGAAUUGGCUUCUACAUUUGGUUAUGAACACCGUUUGAACUAUGUUGGCUCCUUCGGUGAUUGGAUGAAGAACAAGGGCGAGGUUGAGAUCCCAAAACAGGCAUAA